UGUUGAGCGACAUUCAAGUUUUCUUUGGAGUGAAUUGUCGAGAAUUGAGGAGUUUGCUCAAAGAAAGUCUCAACCCAAUCAUAAAGACGAUGGAUCGUAUAAUCGAAAAACGUUCUUGUUCACAAACACCUCCGCCGAAGAUCAGGGGCCAAAUCAAGAGGAGAGACGACACUCGACCCGUUCCUACAUCCAAUUGGAACGAAAGAUCUUACGAAGAGGAUUCCAAUUUCCGAAGCAAUGUCAAAAGUUCAACGAGAAGAGAGCCAAGAAAUUUUGCAUGUUUUAAUCCAGAAAGUCUAGCUCGUCUUCAAGAGUGUGUUGACAAUUUCGUCAAAGAAACACAAUUGCAAGAACAACUACAAAAAGAAAGUGUUUGCAAAAAUAAAGAAGUGAAAGUUGAAAACGACAUUGAGAGCAAUGAAAAUAAGAAAAUCGAUGUGAGAAAUGUUGGAGUCGAAAAUGAGAAUGAGAGUGAAAAUGAAGAAUUUGAAAAAGAAAUUGUUUGUGCAAAGGAGAAAGAGUGUAAAAUUUCAAUUUGCACUAACAACCUUAACCAUUCUUCUUCUAUUUUUGGAUCUUCAUUGUUGCAGGAGGACAAGACGAGUACUUCCAGAAACAUGAUAAACACAUCGCCAACCCUAUUGAUGAUCGAGCAUCGUCCAUGCUCUAGCAAUGUUUCAAAGAAGGACUUAAUGAAAAUUUCUAUUCCCAAGGAACUGGUACCCAAUGAUAUCAUCAAGUAUCAUCCAAGGUUUAAUCUUUCUAACUCUUUUGUUAUUGAUUUACCUACUAACUUUUAUUUACUAUUUGGAGGGACGAUACAAAAACGUGGAAUUGAUGUAUUGAGUUGCGAGGAUAAGUAUCUUUGCAAUCUUGAUAAGAAAUUGCCACUCUCCAAUUUGCAAAUAAACGAUUUGAAGGAAAAGCUAUCCCACCAUCCUCAUGAUGAUUCAAGGAAAUAUGAAGUUACCAAAUAUGAAGUCAAGAGGUUGACCAUUGGAGAAAGGUAUGAGGAUUCCAUCCAUCCUACAUCAAGAAGGUCUUCAAUGAGAAAUCAUUUCGAUUUGAGGACAAAUCGCCAAAAAGAAAGGGAGGAUGAUGUGAGCACGUUUAGGGCCGGUUUUCUCCAUGACGAAAACCCCUCAAGGACGUUCUACCUUAUUAACUCUAAGGGAGUAAUUCCUUACUUUAUUACUUAUUUACUUAUUUAUGCAUUACAUUGCAUAUUAGUAAUUAAGUUGUUUAGUAUGUUAGAGUAGCUUUGCAUAUCAUGUUUCACAUUUUCGUUCAAUCAUCAUUCAUGUCAAGCAUAUUAUUGUAUCAUAUUAGUUUUGCAUUUCAUCUUAGUAUUUAAGAUGUUCACGUGUUAUGUAACAUGUUUCCAUAAACAGCAUACUUGUAGCUAAUUUGCAUUCAACUUAGUUCCUAGGUUAUUCAACUAAGUUCACGUGUUGUUCACAUAUCAUUGUGCAAUUCAUUUGCAUUCAUAUUUAAUUAUUUGUUAGCUCAUUAAUAUUUGUCAUCUUAGCAUUCAUGCAUAUGUGUUUGUUCAUGAGAAAUAAAAUUACUUAUUCAUGUUUUCACGUUUCAGCAUAUCACUUGUGUAACUUAUUUUAACGUGUUAUUCUGCAUUUAUGUAUCAUUUGCCGUGCAUUUGCAAUCAUCCUUGCAUAUUUUAGUAAUCAUACAUAUUAAACAUUUAGCUCAUUUAUAAAAUAAGUUCACGUGCUCUUUAAUGCAAACAAAGGCUCACAAGACACAAGACAACAUGUGAUGGGCAGCACUUGUUCCAGUUUUCACGUUUCAGCAUAUCACUUGUGGAACACAAAGCUCAUGCUCCAUACUGGACGGUUUUUGAGGAGGUUAUUUAACAUAUUUUCAUGGUACAAAACGACAACAAGGCUAUUAAAAUAUAGCACAAGUUGGAGCAGCGUAUUGAAGCUCUUAUCCAGCUCACUCUACGGCAAUUAAGGAUAUGUGGGAGACAACAUGUGAUGGGCAGCACUUGUUCUUGUUAUAACAGCACUAUACAUUAAAAUAACUUGUUAUUUUAAUCAUAUAGGAACACCAAGUGAUCAGCCCCAUGCUGGACGGUUUUUAAGGGAUUCUUUGAACACAAAUCCAGCACAUAACACGACCAUGUGGGUUGAUAAAGAAUGGAUAACGUUUUGGAAGCUUAUGGAGCAUUUAAAAUGUGCCCAUGAAGCUCGGUUUAAUGGAGUUUUGUCUUGAUCUCUUCCAGCUCAGAAGUCACGUAAAUUCUGGGCAGAAUAAGAGGGGAGUUCGGCUGGAAAGUGCAACCCACUUGUUCUUAUCAUAUGUCCACUUAUUUGAGCAAAAGAAGACAAAUCCCACGUGAAACUUGCUGGAGAACUUCAUUCAUACAAUUGCAAUUGAAGACAACCCACGUGCUCUCCAUUGGAUAUGAAACACGCCAUUUGUUGAUCUGUCCAAACAGCCCAUGUGAUUACACAAUUGUUUGUCUCCACUAGCUAACAAUUGAGGAGUUACACGUGCUAAAUCAAUCAAGGGGACAAGCUUCUACAACUCCACUUGCCCUUGUCUCCACGUAAUGUUGUUUUCCACCAGCUAUCAAAGGAGCAUUCGGCCAACACACUCCACCAAACAAUCUGACC